GGUUUAUGCAAGCAACAGUAGCUAUUAAUAAAAAAUAUUCUGAAAUCUGAAAUAAUAUAAUGCUGCCAUCAAAAGUCGGAGGAAACUGCUGUGCAAUACGUCAAAUAAUGAGAGCGACACAAAGCGAAAGUCGCAAAUGCAAAUAAGGCAAAAAUAAAAACACGAAAAUACAAAAUAAUAAAAAAAAACAUAAAGGCUGCUGAUGAAAUGAGUGUGUGCGCAAAAUAAUUAAACCAAAGAUUCCUACUCUCAAGUGCUUUUGGCCGAGUUCAGUGAUUUUAAAUUAAAUCAACACAUACAUACAACACACACACACUCACAUAUAUAUUAUAUAUAGCAUACGCUUGAGGAAGAAGAAUCCACGCAUUGCGACACAUUGGGAAGCACUGCUUCAAUGGAUGACGAACUAGAAGACAAAAUCUUUUAUCAGACCUACGUAUCGCAUAUGAAAAUACUGUCAAAAUUUGCGGUGGGCUUCUCGUCCAUCAAUUCGCCGUUGGCCUAUUUAUGGAAAUUAUGUCGCCUCUACGUGCUGCGUCCAGAAGUUAUACUCUGUGGCAUUAUACUCUUUGUUUUGUUGAUCUAUUUGCAAGCGGUUGAUGUUUGGAGUCGCAGCAUACUUGGACGCAUACAAGCGACGCUGGGACGCCAACAUGCUGCCACGCGCGUCAUGGAGAUGUCUGGCGCGGCAGGAGAUCAUCAGAGCUGGGAGGAGGUGCGCCAGCAGAGCGCCGCCUAUGCAGUGCUCGGACGCAGGCCGCACAUGGAGGACAGAUACAUUAUUGAGGAGAACAUUAACAACAAUACGGACGUUGCGUUCUUUGCCGUAUUCGAUGGACAUGGCGGCGAGUUUGCUGCCGACUUUGCACGCGAUGUGCUGGUCAAGAAUAUUUACAAUAAAAUCAUCGAAGUGCACAAGCUACUGCAACGGGGCGGCGGCGCCAGCGCUGGCGACUAUGACAAGAGUCCCUAUUUGGUGCGCAAGCAAAGCCGCAAGGAUAACGCCAACAAGGAGAACAACGAACCUGUGGCACGACGCGACAGUCUGCGCAAGGCGCAGAGCACUACGACAGACUGCAGCGUCAUUAAGCAAAAGACAACGGAGGCGCAGAUAACGGACUUCUAUACGGCACAACUAAACAGCGCCAUGCGUGCCAGUGGUGGCAGCAAUGCAGCCAAGGAAUCCUUUCUGAACAACAAUAAUGCACAGAGCGCAAACAAUGCGCCGCCGCCAAGCUACGAAGCGAAGUGCUAUAUCGAACAGGGACGCAUUAACUUUGGCAAGCUCAUAACGGAUGAGAUUCUGUCGGCGGAUCACAAGCUAGUGGAGCAGGCCAAGCAGACGACCAACAUAGCUGGCACUACGGCUCUCAUUGCCAUUAUGCAGGGCAGCACGCUUAUUGUGGCCAAUGUGGGUGACUCGCGUGGCGUUAUGUUCGAUGCACGUGGCAUUGCUAUACCCUUGUCCUUUGACCAUAAGCCGCAACAGGUGCGUGAACGCAAGCGCAUACAUGAUGCCGGCGGAUUCAUUGCGUUCCGUGGCGUUUGGCGCGUCGCUGGCGUCUUGGCAACGUCACGUGCGCUGGGUGAUUAUCCGCUUAAGGACAAGAAUCUAGUCAUUGCCACGCCGGACAUACUGACCUUUGAGCUAAAUGAUCACAAACCACGCUUUCUCAUACUCGCCUCGGAUGGACUCUGGGACACGUUUAGCAAUGAGGAGGCCUGCAGCUUUGUGCAGGAGCAUCUGAAGGAGUCGGACUUUGGCGCCAAGUCGCUGUCCAUGGAAUCGUAUAAGCGCGGCUCUGUCGACAACAUUACCGUCUUGGUUAUUGUUUUUAGGAAUGAUAUUUAUCGCAUUGGCAGUAGCGGCGGCGGCGGCAGCUUGAGUGGCAAACUAGUAGACACACCACCGCUGGCCAAGUCAGCAUCUGGCGUUGCUGUAGCACGCUCCAAUUCAAUCAAGACCAAGUGACAGCAGUAAACUGCUCCUUUAGCCAGUUUUCUUUGCCUGCUGCAGCUAGCAACAAAUAACAUAAACUAAAGUGCCCAAAUAUGUACAGUCGUGGCAUAAAUAAUUGUCACGCCACUGUGCUCUCUAGCUAAGCCCAUGCGAUCAAAUGUUUGUCCUAUCGCAAAUUAUGUACGAAUUUUACACACACACCCACACACACAUGUUGAGUCUGUUGUGUGUGGGCUUUUUAGUUGUUGUUUUAAACAAAUUGUUCUUCAUGCUCACAUUGCGUUAUCUCCGCACACCAUUCAUCGAUAUUUAUUUAAAUUAUUUUUGUUAUACCAUUUUAUUUAUAAAACGAACUUUUUUCUAUCUUAUAAACGUGUUUACAAAUAAAAACUUUCAAAAAUACUCGAAAUCAGCCGUGUGUAUUCAUUUCUAAGGGGCAAGCCCGCUAUCUACACCAGUGGCAAUAAUAAAAAAGUUAUGUUCUAUGUAAAUAAAUUAAACUUGUUAAAUUUUCAUAAGCGUCGCUUAAAAUUUAUUUUUGUUUUGGUUUAAACAAAUCAAUGGGCGACCAAUCUAGGCUACGUCAUAUA